CGAGAACAUUCCGGGUGUGUGUACAGUCAGAUCCUGUACAAGGUCGGAUUGGGCAAUUUGGGCCCUCAGGGAUCCGCCUUUUCCCUAUGUUAAGUUGCCAAUUGUUGCUGAACUCCCUGCUCCACCCCUCACUAACCAAGGCUAAGGCUGCGCAGGGGAUUUUUUGGCGGCGGCUCACCCUCGGCCUCUCUGUGCUACCGCGUCAUGACAUCAAACCAUCCAAUCUUUGGAAAAUGCAGAUAGCAACUCCUGUUGGCUUUGUCGGUGUCGGCCUCUAUCAGCGAGACGGGAACGAAGUCGAGAUGAACACCCUGCGGUCGCUGCGCACCAAAAUUCCCCAUUUGGAAAUGAUGGGACAUUGAAAAUUGGAGGUGCAUACCACCGUAUGCGUGAAAUCGCUGACAGUAGGGUUAAAGUUACUCGGGAACGGUUUUGAAAGACCCGCAAUAAUGCCAGUUGACGUCGUUUAGGGGACAACCCUCAAUAAUUACUCGGCGACAGUGGGAUGAACAGGGCAGGUCAGGGCACGUCUCCAGCAUGAUGUCAAUCGCCCAUAGAACAACAGUCGUGGAGCGUUCUACGGUCAUGGAACAAUCUUUGGGGCCCAGUCUAAUUCAUCAUCAUGAUUGUUACCGUCUUUCUUGGUUCAGGUGGUUAGCUUAUAUACAGCUCAGCUACGUCCACCGAGUCAAAAGUCUUCCAAGACAGAUAAGCAUACCGAGUACCUUCCUCGACUCCCAUUUUGCAUAUAGCUUGCUUUACCAGAAACAUUUCUUGCCCAUAAUUACCGCAACAAACGAUUCAACCGCAGUCAAGUUUGACGUUCCCACACUACCCCAGUCCUGUCAACUUACAACUCCGCCUCCUCUCCACGAAUAUCUAGUAGCCGGGUCUUAACCCCUCACCCCAGUUCUCGACGCCCCGUUUCAGACGAAGAUAUCUCUUUGACCCACCUCUACCUAAAUCCCUCCGCAGCACUCCAGGUUCCUCCGCAAUUCGUAGCCGAGACGGAAAUUACUCAGUAUAUAUAUCUCACCAUGGCGCCUCAAUCCAAAAACUUGGCUUCACCAAAAAGACCAAACUUCAGACGAUUAUCCAGUAUGACUACCACCGCACAAGAAAUCCGGGAGGCAGAAGGGCCAGUUGUUGUUAUUCCAGAACGACUCAUGGUCCAGCGAGCCCAAUCACAUCAUGGCGGAUUCGCAGCUUCCAUGGAAAACGCAAGACUAGAACUAGACUCCAUGAACUUGGAGGAAGAAGGCUCGCUUGUCUCUUCGUCUUCGGAUUCGACAAGUACACCGGGUACACCCAGCUCACCUCUCACCCCGGCGGAAAUUCCUACCGUCGAUAGCUUCGCUUUUGCUUUCGAUAUCGAUGGAGUUCUGAUCAGAGGAGGAAGACCAAUCCCAGAAGCCAUUGAAGCUAUGAAAGUGCUAAAUGGCGAGAACGAGUACGGAAUGAAGAUGUGAGUAAAUUUCGGUUGUGUCGCUGGUGUCCCGCUAACAUAUCACAGUCCAUACAUCUUCCUUACCAACGGUGGUGGAAAGACUGAAGAAGAGCGUUGUAUUGACUUAUCACGUCAGCUAGACAUCGAAGUCUCACCCGCUCAGUUCAUCUGUGGGCAUACCCCAAUGAGAGAGAUGGUCGAGCAGCACGGAACAGUCCUUGUCGUUGGCGGUGAAGGAGAAAAAUGUCGGCAAGUCGCUGAAGGAUAUGGAUUCCGCGAUGUCAUCACACCUGGUGAUAUCAUCAAAGAUAACGCCGCUACAACACCGUUUAGAACCCUGACCGAGGAAGAGAGACGCAACUCAAAGAAACGGGACUUCUCGAAAACCAAGAUUGAGGCCAUUUUCGUCUUUGCUGAUAGUCGAGACUGGGCUGGUGAUAUCCAAAUUAUCCUCGAUCUUGCCAUGUCAAAGGGUGGUUACAUCGGAACCCUCUCCGAGACAUUCGAUGAAGGACCACCAAUCUACUUUUCUCACAGUGACAUCGUUUGGUCAGCGGCACAUGACAAUGUCCGUCUCGGAAUGGGUGCUUUGAGGAGAAUGAUUGAAAUGCUCUUCAAGGACCUCACCAAAGGCAAGGAGCUCGAGACUAUCGCUUUCGGCAAGCCCCAAAUCGGAACAUUCCAAUUCGCAACCCGAUUAUUACAGCAAUGGAGAAAAGACGAACACCACUGCAACAAGCCCCCAGAGACGGUCUACUUCGUUGGCGACACCCCAGAGAGUGAUAUCAGAGGAACCAACCAGUUCAAUGAGAAAUCAAAGAACGAUUGGUACUCUAUCCUCGUCGAGACUGGUGUCUACCAGCCAGGUACAGUGCCAACCUACAAGCCAAGAGUUACUGUUCCAAAUGUUCUCGAAGCAGUCAAGCAUGGUAUGCACCGUGAAUUCGCCAAGAGGAUGAAGACUGUCAGCAAUGGUGGUCUCCCAAUCAAUACUUUGGGCAUGCGAAAUUUCUCUCUGAAUGGGGAGCGGAAGAUGAAAAGUCCAAUCCUCGAUAUUGGCGAAGAGACAGCACAUGCUACUCUUGAUGCAACAGUCAUCAUGUCAUGAUAUCGAAGCAGUGAAGAGAUGGAGCAUUAAAUUGGGGAAAUCAUGAGACACAGGGUGUCUUUCGCGAUGGGAUCUGAAGCAUAUUUUUGAUAUUUUGGGCUCUGGCGUUUUCAUUGGAUACCUAUGAUACCCUGGAAUUCGUUCACGAUUAUUGAACGAUCUAGGUUCUAGGUGUGGUCCGAUAUUUGAUCUGUCUUUCUUUCUACAGCUUGUUGGUUUCUUUUUCUUUUGUUCUGUAGAAAGUGGACAGGCUCUUUACUAUAGUUGAUCAGCAUAUAUAUGACUUGGAUACAUUUAUGUAUCUCUUGUCAUCUUUUGGAGUUUGUUUGUUUGUGGUUUUUGGUCUACUUUUUUCACUUCCUGUCAUAUAUUGCAUUGCAUAGACGGUUUGGUUUGAGAAAAAUAGAUUGCAGGCAGUUCCUUGUAGAGGAGAUGAGAUAUGACAUACGCCCAUAGAUGUUUAGAUAGUUCAAGAGAAUAGACAUCUUUCUUUU